CCGGCGCGAGUGCACGGCCAGUGAGAGCUGUCUCCCUACCCUCCUGGCCCCGUAGUUCGUCCGCGCUGCGGUGUGGUUCGGUGUUACGUACGGGAGAGCCGAUCGGCGUGAGAGAUGCGUGUCGUGUAGCCGCGAAACCUCACGCGGCCCCGCAGUUUCCGCGCGAGUGUGUGCGUGUUUUCGUGUGUGGUGUGCGACAGUCGUGGACGUCCGCGACGCCGGGGCGCUAUGUGGCUCCUGAGGACUGCGGCGCUACUGGCGCUUAGCUCGUCUUGGCUGGGCGCCGCGUCGGCCAGCUGCCCCGCGGUGUGCGCCUGCAAGUGGAAGGGUGGCAAGCAGACGGUCGAGUGCGUGGAGCGCGGCCUAAUCACGCUGCCGGCGAACGUCAACCCGGAGACGCAGGUGCUCGACGUGACGGGCAACAACCUGCAGAUCCUGCCGCGCGACACUUUCAUCCGCGCCAACCUGCUCAACCUGCAGAAGGUCUACCUGCGCAGCUGCCGCAUUGGCCAGAUCGACGACCGCGCCUUCAACGGGCUCACCAACCUGGUCGAACUCGACCUCUCGUACAACCUGCUGACGUCGAUACCGUCGGCGACUUUCAAGGACGUGCCGUUCCUGCGCGACGUGACGCUCGCCUACAACCCCAUCAUCAAGAUCGAGGCGGACGCGUUCGGCACGCUGCCGGGCCUGGUGCGGCUCGACCUGUCGCACUGCGAGAUCACGACGGUGGCGCCGCGCGCCUUCGACGGCGUCGAGCACCUCGAGACGCUCAAGCUGAACGCUAACCGCCUCACGGAGCUGAAGCCGCGCACCGUCGAGUCGCUGAGCCGGCUGCACGGCGCGGAGCUGCACGACAACCCGUGGAUCUGCGACUGCCGGCUGCGCGCCGCGCGCCUCUGGCUCGUCGACCACAACAUCCCGGCGCCGGUGCCGCCGACGUGCGCCGGCGGGCCGGAGCGCGUUCUCGACCGCGCCUUCCACGACCUCGACGCCGACGACUUCGCGUGCCGGCCCGAGAUCCUGCCGUCUGCGCGCUACGUGGAGGCGGCCGCGGGCGAGAACGCGACCGUGGUGUGCCGCGUGCGCGCCGUGCCCCAGGCCGCCGUCACCUGGUUCUGGAGCGGCCGCCUGCUGCUCAACGACACGGCGUUCGGGGCGCCGCACCAGCGCCUCUUCAUCUUCGAGGACGACCGCUUCGAGAAGAGCAGCUCGCUGGUGCUGGCCAACGCUCAGGAGACGGACGCGACCGAGUUCUACUGCGUGGCGGAGAACCGCGCCGGCACCGCCGAGGCCAACUUCACGGUGCACGUGUCGCUGCGCGCCGCCGGCAUGGCCACCCUCGGCUCCAGCCAGAUCGCGGGGCUCAGCGCGGCGCUCGUCAUCCUCAUCCUGUUCAUCCUGCUGCUCAUCCUGGUGCUGCUGGUGCGCCUGCGCCGGCUGCCCUUCUCCGAGAGCAAGACGCCCGCCCCGCACCACCGGCAAGCCGAGGCCGGUGUCGUGGGCCCGGGGGCCAACUCCGCCGCCAUCGGCAACAGCUACACCAAGCCGCCGUCCGCGGCCGACCACGCGACUUCGGGCACCGCCUUCCAGGCGUCCGCCGCCGACAAGCUGGCCCAGGCGGGGGCGGGCGCGGCGGCGGCAGCGGCGGCCUGCAACCCCGUGCAGAAGCCGCCCCGCAUGACGGAGAUCCCGUACACCACCAGCCACUACGACGGCGGCGGCAGCGUGCUGGUGCCUCCGCUGUCAUCCGUCGCAGCGCCGACGCCGGUGACGCUCACCUCCUCCGCCUCCGCCGCCGCUCCUCUGGAGCGAACGACGUCGUCGCCGCCGCCUCCCAACAACCCGGACCUGAUACGCGACGCCCGGGCGGCGGCCGACUCCGUCAGCACGACGUCCACGGCGACGACGGACGUGUCGCGGCCUUCCGCUCCCGGAGCUUGCUCCUCCUCGUCCGCCGCGGCCACGGCGCACUACCCUGCCGCCUGGGACAGCCCCGGAGGGUCCCCGGACUUGUUCAUGCGGCGCGCGACCAGUGCCUUCGACGCCUCCGACAAGACGCCCAUCAUCGUGGAGGCGGCGGGCAACGGCUGCGAGGAUUACACCUGCCGCACGCUCCCCCGCUACCCUCCCGAUUACGGCCUCCCUCCGGUGCCGCCCCCGGGCACCAAAGCCGCGGCGCAGCGGGUGUGGCAGCGCGGCGUUCCCGUUCUUCCUCCGGUCACCGCACUGAAACGGGUCCUCUCGAGGAACUCGCCCGACGAAGGCUACCAGGAGGGACCCGGCACUGACGUUUAACGAGGCGGGCGUCCGGCGCCUCUGGCGGUAACUUUGUGAUCCUCUCAACCCGACGACGAUAGUUGCUCGCGGGUGACACUGUUCCUGUUCGUACUGAACUACGUAGCUAUAGAAGAGAAACGCGCACGUGAGAUCAACAAUAACUGCUCUUCCGCGGAAACUUCACUGCACGUCUUUUUGUGUGAAGCUACGAUAUUCCAGUGAACGUGUGUGACUGAUGAACGUACUCCGACGCAUCCGAGUGAGAAACAAAAAAAGGAUCGACUGAGCUAGGGAACAUUCUCCUGCAGCAACACCACAUUCGCGGAGGACUACGCACUCCCAUUCCUCAAAGCUCACGUCCUUUGGCCUACGUAGUAGCAAUAAACGGCCACAUUUUCCGUUGGGUGUGUGGCAGUCGCGUCGGUGGUGCUCUUUUCGUAAAAGCCCUUUUCACGUGGUGACAAAUAAAACCUACACAGAAAGACUGUCUACGCCACUGUUACCUGUAACAAGUAUUAUCCCUCGGUGAAUGGUUUUUUUUCUCCUCUGUGACGAAAGAACGCGAAACGUUGGAAGUAACUGAAGAAAAAUUAUAGCGUACACGCCAGCAGACACUUGCGUGACACGGGUGUUUUCAACGUAUGGUGCUCUAAUAGUAACUUCUCGUCAGUGGUAAAAAGCCCUUCUUAACUGACCCGUCCUAAGUAUUAUUAAUCUCCGAGUUCAUUUCCGGACAGGAUUAUACGACCUCAUCGAGGAAGUACGGCAGGAAAUCCAAGGCUAACGAAAGGAAAUUGCAGUGUUCUGCUGCAGGAAGAGGGAGUAGAGGAAAUGAUAUCUCCUGUAAUACGCUCACAUACUCGUCUUGUUUACGGAAAUUACGGUUAAAAAUUCCUUCUCUGUCUCUCCAGUUGUAUUUAACCAUACGACAUUUACUACUGAAUGUGUAGUUUUUGUAAUGUCUAAAACUCUCAACCAAGUCUGGAAUUUAUGACAGUUCGUAUCUUCUGUUUCUUGUUUCUUUUCUUUCUUUGUAAUUAUUCGCACCGCUUCCUUCCGGUGAAAUGUGUAAUAGUAAGAUAGAUGUGUGUAUUUUUAAUAGGGUCGAAUUUCGUUACGUGAAUUUAAACGAAAAGUGUGCGAAAGGACUUAAUGACAAUCACGUCUGCCUAGGCCUAGCAGAGUGACCGGACAAAGUGUUUUGUUCCAGCCGCAGGAUAAAGACGUUUGACGCGAGUUAACGCCUCUCAGUAUGAUUGGAACAACUGCUUGUCACUGAAGCAUCGACUGAUUUUUAAAUACAUAUAACGUGAAUUUUAUCGGUGUAUAAUUUUACUCUAAUUUCUUUGUGGUACCGUGGUAAGUAAGGAACAAAACGCAUCUCUGCAAUUGUAACUGUUAUCAUAAGCAACGUUUCUUUUCUGUCAGAGUUUAUGGAAAUAUGUAUCGGUAGCAAGUCUGUGUUUUCUCAUUACAGAGAGUGAACCAAAGAAUAUGAAGCCUACACAUGUCUUCAAUUUCUCUAGCUCUGUGUAUCUAACUAACAAAUGGAUAUUUCGUUUAAACGAAUUCAAUUAUUAUUUAUUACCUUAGAUAUUAUGUAAAAGAAAUGUUAACAAUAAAUCGUUCUAUUAAUCUGCAUGUAUGCAGGCGACUGAGGAAAUUGUGUGUUAAUAAGUGAAUGCCGAAAUGAGAGCUAUAGAGAAUCGUAUUUAGAACCCUCUGGUUGUUUGUGAAUCGUGUGUCCUAAGAGAGAAUCACUCCUACUUAGCCAGUAGUUUACUACUAAUACAAAUAAACGAUUUUCUGUGAAUGAUAGGAAUUGGAAAAGUAUUAUUUUUUAAAUCAAUAUUGGAAGUAAAGCUACUUCAGAAGCAGAACGACAAAUAAGAAAUGCAAGCUCCAUUUAGGUUUGUUUGUUUGCCUUUUGUAUGCAGAACAUAGAGAGAAAAAAAGAACAGCUAAAGAACCAAAGGUAUUUUGUAAAAUAAAAUUAUUAAAAAUAAACCAAUGA